AUGCCAGUUUCCACGACGAUUUCGCACCUGGAGGAUGGAAAAGUCGACAUCAAGACACAGAGGCUUCUCCUCCGCGCCGCCAAGGAAGACGACGCGAUAGGCGUCCACGAAGCAUUUUCUGAUCCGGAAGUGAUGCAAUACUGUACCGUCCCCCACGACCAUCCCUCCACAACCCAAUCCUGGUUCCGAAAGAACAUGCUCCUUGCCCCAACCAACGGCACCACUGAUUUUAUUGUCGCCCUCCACACAGAUCCCGAUCGCGCAAUCGGUGUAAUCGGGAUUCACUCGUUAGAAUCCGAGGAAAUCGGCUUCAUACUCUCACGCCAGCACUGGGGAACGGGUAUCGCCCAGGAAGCACUGUAUCCUUGGAUAUCUAUUUAG